AUGAACAACAGCAUCAGCUCCCGGUGCUUGCCUGCCUGUGAGGUGACGUGCCCACAGCCGUGUGCCUACAGCAACAGCCUUGGGCCCUGUGUAGCAUCGUGUGGGGACUCCAGAGCCGUGGUGUAUGGCCCGCCGGUUGUCCUCACCUUCCCGGGCCCGAUUAUUAGCACCUGCCCUCAGGAAAGCAUUGUGGGAACAUCGCUUCCCCAGUCCUAUGGUGGCUCAUACAGCUCUGGCAUCUCCUAUGGGAUGGGGCAUUCCUCUGGUUCUGGGGGCAUGUCAGGGACGGGGAGCUCCUUUGGAUCUGGAGGCUCCUCAGGGAUGGGGGGUUCCUUUGGAUCUGGGGGUUCCUUUGGGUAUGGAGGCUCCUCAGGAGUGGGGGGCUGUUACAGCAGGAGGUCCUACAGCAGCAGCUGUGGCUCCCGCCUUGGAAACUGUGGCUCAUUUUAA